GUGAUUCUAGUUUGAAGCCUGAACUCUAAUUUUUUUUUUUUUCAAAAACAGAUGUGGUUUUAAGCGUUUUCAACAUAUAUUCAUUUUCCAAAUGCAAAAAGAAAUGUUUAUGCGUAUGAAAGAAGAGAGAGGUAGAGUGAGAGAGAAAAAAAUAGGAAUGGAGAGAUGGGAAGCUUGAGAGAGUUGGAUGAUUGUAAAGGGUAAAGACCGUGUUCAUCACAUAUGUCUAGUGGAUUUCUAUAGUCCUCCGGACCGGUGAAAUACCUCUCUUGGAUUAGAUAAGGAGGUGAACACCGGGUGUCAAGCUUUCAUGUUUAGUCAGUAUAUUAUAUUUGGAUUUUUUCCGCAGAAUUGUGUUCUAGUUGUAAUACAUAGUCGUUAUGUUUUAGUGGUUUUAUAUGAUUUGAUAUCUGAUAUUUUCAUGAUGAAACCUUAUUUAAUUUAACUGAUCAAAAUAAAUUUGACGUGUAUGAAAUACUUGUCAACCGUAAGAUCUUGCAAAAUAUUUAGAAAAUACUUUAAGAUUUUAUUAUUUUGUUAUUAAAUCUUUCUGAAUAAUCUAGAUAACUUUAAAGUUUUAACAAUACGGUGUCAUAAUAUUUUACAGUUUAACAACUUAUAGAAAUUCGUUUUAAGAAUAAAUUAAUAAUUUUCUUUUCCGCUGUACAAAAGGAUAUAUAUUAAACAACAAUCAAAAGUUUGAAGAAGAGGAAGUCUCAUCUUAGUUUUGAUCGUUUUCAUCUUCUGAGAAAUUUGUUGGUUGGUUCCUAUGUUUUUCUAUUUUGCAUUGGACUUUCCUUUAUCAUAAUUUCUCAGAUGUUUCGUGAUUCUUUCUUUUACCGACCUUUAAGAGUUUUCUUUUCUUUGUUUUGGGAUCAUAUAUAUGUUUAUUUAAGACACUGAUCAUAGUUUCGUACAAACAAAAACUACUAGAGAAAACGUCUGGACCUUCUGAAACCACGGCAACUAACAGUGUCGAUUCCGUCUGUUUCGUCUAUAAAGAUCAUGGAGAAGGAGAAAUCAGACUACUCUGAGAAGUUCGAGGGUAAUGCGGACAAACCGGCUAGGAACAAGCAAAUCAUGGAAGCUUUGUCGUGGCCAUCACUUACCGAGACAGCGAAAGCAGCUCUUUGUUCGAACAAGUCUUCCACUGAUUCGUUAAAAAGUAUUGGCUGUGACGGAUCAUCAUCAUCGGUCUCUUUUUUCUCUCAGCGAAGUAGCAGUCUUGCUGAAACAGAACGAAUGCACCAAGAAUUCUUUACCCACGGCACGGUUGUUCAACCCUCAGGAGAAAGUUCAUAUGGUAAUCCUUUACCAUACACUUCUCCUAGGGGUCAUAAGCAAGGAAACGAGUUUGCAUCACGGGCCCAUGUCAGUACCCAAAACCAACAUCAACAGAAUUCAAAAGAGAACCAACAUGUUACCCAUCAAAGUCAGGGAGGCAGACAGAAUCAAGAACAUGUGAAACAGAACUGGAAUCCCCAAGGAAAAUUUAAUGGGCAAGGAGGAUUCCCACCUCCACCAAGAGGAGGUACACCAGCAUUUGUAAGGGCAUCACCACCAUCAAUCUAUGCUCAGCAUAUUCCAGUUCAGCAUUAUUUUUAUCCUAUAGCAUUUACUGACUUGCCACCACCAAUGAUGUAUCAUCCACAUCGUAUGCCCUUCAUCGACCGUCUUGCUGUAUUGUUUCCAUCUCAAAAUCCUGACCGCAUGCCCUUUAUCGAGCCUCCUCCUGUCUUGGUCCCAUCUCAGAAAGCUCCCCUCAAAACCAAAAUACUGAAUCAAGUUCAAGAAGCUCCCCUCAAAAUCAAGAUACUGAAUCAAGAUAAAAAAGCUCCCCUUAAAACCAAGAUACUGAAUCAAGUUCAAUAUUAUUUGAGCGAGGAUAAUUUACCAAACGAUGUAUACCUUCGCAAGCGCAUGAAUGAUGAGGGCUUUGUUCAUAUAGAGUUUAUCUCUGGUUUCAAUAAGCUUAAAGCACUAGCAAGUAAUGUCCAGCUGAUAUUGGAUUCCCUACGAGAUUCAGAUAUCAUUGAAGUGCAGGGCUAUGAAAUAAGAAACCGGCAUGUCUGGAGAAAAUACGUUAUGCCUCAAGACUGGCGGGUUACUUUUUAUCCGAGCCCAGAAUAUGCAAUGGCUGACAACCAUCAAAACAUGCAGCUCGAGCAGAACUAGAAGAAGUCCGAUCAAGUUCAAGCAAUCAAAAAGCCGAUAAUAAUAAUAAGAAAUCAGUUGGUUGUAUACCGUCUUCAAAUCUAAGUUGGAGGAGUUUUUGCUUUUGCAUAGAGAGGAUUGUUGGAUUUAUGUGAAGCUACCAUCAUUUUGCAUAUGAUGUCAAUUAACAUUUUGUCCUUGAACCAAAACAAAUAUAACAAACUGAGAAAAGCUAUUAAAAAGGCUAAAAGAGUAGUGUAGAAUAAAAUUUUGAGUUUUAUGACUCUAGUUUGCAGAAUUUUAUUUUUUAUUUCAAUUUUCUUUUAUUGCUUUUAGGCCUAGGCAUUUUACCCGGACCCGAACACCCGAACUGGAACCGACCCGAAAAUACAGGUUCGGGUCCGGGUCCAUGCUAAGUA